AUGGUCUCUUUACUUGCAUAUAUCUCAGGGCCCUUGGUCACCCUGUGUAAGCUAUGGCUUCUGGCGAUUGUCGGCUUCCUUGUGCGAGCGGUGAUUCGCAGAUAUUGGACCCCCAUCAGUGAUAUACCAGGCCCCUUUGUGGCUUCAUUUUCCACAUUGUGGAAGGUUUACCAUUUAUGGAAAGGACAUGGCGAGGAAGAGAUGAUCAAAUUGCACAAGAAACACGGCUACUUCGUUCGCAUUGCGGAAAAUGAAGUCAGCGUCUCUCACCCGGACGCAGUGAAGCAGCUUCUACACGCAAACAUUGCGAAGGGUUCAUGGUACUCCAUCUUCAGUCUACCAGACUUUCACUAUGUGAACCAGAUGUCCGAACUGGACCCAAAACGGCACAUCGAGAAGUCACGCAAUGUAGCAGCCGGCUUUGAACUAUCAAACAUCAUCAAAUCCGAGCCACAUGUGGACGCAAUCCUGCAAUGCCUCGAGGACCGAUUCGACGAAUUAAGCAAGCAGAACGGAACAGUGCCGCUCGACGACUGGUUCAGCUUCUUUGCCUUCGAUGUUUUGGGCGAAGUCACAUUUUCCAAGUCAUUCGGCUUCGUAAAAACAGGCACAGAUAUCAGAAAUGCAGUGGCAAACACAAAAGCCCUCGCAUUGUACAUCGCAGUCAUGGGUCAUUAUACCUGGCUGCACAAUCUGACGUUGGGGAAUCCGCUACUCAGCCGGAUUGGGAUUCAGCCUUCUUCGCAUAUCUUCGAUACCUGUCUUGCGGCCAUUGAUGCCCGAAAGAAGAAUCCUGAAGUCAGAAAUGAUAUGAUGCAGCGCUGGUUGGAUGUUCGCGCUAAGUAUCCCGAUCGCAUGGCCGAGAAUGAGAUCUUUGCGGCGGCUGUUGCGAAUAUCGGGGCUGGAGCUGAGACCGUUGGUGCUGCGGCUCAGGCAUUUGUUUAUUUCCUGCUGCGAAAUCCUCAGUAUUUGCGGCGACUGCGCGAGGAGAUUGAUGCUGCUCAAAGUCGAGGUGAACUCUCGCGUAUAGUUCAGUAUAACGAAGCGCAGAAGUUACCGUUCCUCCAAGCUUGUCUGAAAGAGGCGUACCGUUUCCAUUCCGCUGUUGUUGGUGGUCUUCCCCGAGUGGUGCCUCAAGGCGGAAUGACCAUCGCCGGCCGAUAUUUCCCCGAAGGAGUUGUUCUCAGCAUAAAUACAUGGGUCUUCCAUCGUAGCCCAGAGAUCUUUGGCGAGGAUUGCAACAGCUUCAAUCCAGAUCGCUGGCUUCAAAGCGAUACCAGCAAGAUUGACUCGUUUUUGAUCCAUUGGGGGGCUGGCUACAACCAAUGUCCCGGUCGCAAUCUCGCCCAAUUCGAAAUGCUCAAGUUGAUGGCAACUCUUAUCAGAGACUACGAUAUUGAGCAGGUAGAUCCUGAAAAGGAAUGGGUAUUCAAAAGCCAGUUUACAUGUGUUCCGUCUGGAUGGCCGUGCAAGAUUCGAAGACGCUCGUGCGAUUAG